AAAAUUUCCAGAUUCCAAAAUCCGCCGCUCGCGAUCCUCGACUCUCAACUAACCAACCCGCAGCCCGCAGCAAAUCAGUCACAAUGGCCGGAAACCGUGUCACGUACCGCCGCCGUAACGGCUACAACACCAGCUCUAACCUGACCCGGAUCGUCAAGACUCCCGGCGGUGAGCUGAGAGUUCUUCACAUCAAGAAGCGCGGCACUGCCCCCAAGUGCGGUGACUGCGGUGUCAAGCUGCCCGGCGUUCCCGCCCUUCGCCCCCGCGAGUACGCCCAGAUCUCCAAGCCCAAGAAGACCGUCCAGCGCGCGUACGGCGGCUCGAGAUGCGGUAACUGCGUUCGUGACCGCAUCGUCCGCGCCUUCCUCAUCGAGGAGCAGAAGAUCGUCAAGAAGGUGCUGAAGGAGCAGAGCCAGAGCGAGAAGAAGAAAUAAACCCGGACACGCCUCUUCUUGGUCAACGUCAACACAACACUGGCAGGAAUGGGAAUUCAGGGGUUGGUUCAUUGCUUCGGUGUUCAUUAGGGCAAAAGGAACUGCAUGAUACAAAGAAAUCGUCAGGCCACAGGCGGAGUGAAAACGGAUUCUUCUGCCGCUGCUGUCGUUAGGGCACUCUAGGCCUCGAUACCUGAAUGAGAAACGGAAAUCGAGCCCUUCAACACAACAACAGUUCCUUUUUUUCGGGUUAUGUUGGUAUUCAUGUUUCGUUGUUUUGUGACGAGAUAACGACCCCGCGGUGUAUUGGUAAUGGCGCCCAAAAGAACAAAAUUACAAAAUGU